AUGGUCAGCCGAUUUGAGCAUCCAGCUGGGGGCUACAGGAAGAUUUUCGAAACAUGCGAGGAGCUGUCUGACCCAAUUCCAGCAACAGUCACUGGUAGGAUUCCCUCGUUUAUCAAGGGCAGUCUCCUCCGUCUGGGGCCUGGUCUGUUUGAAGUUGGAGAUGAGCCUUUUUAUCACCUCUUCGAUGGGCAGGCUCUUAUGCACAAGUUUGACUUUAAGAAUGGCCAGGUCACCUACUAUAGAAAGUUUGUAAAAACAGAUGCCUACGUGAGAGCCAUCACUGAAAAGCGUGUGGUGAUUACCGAGUUUGGGACGUUUGCUUACCCAGAUCCCUGCAAAAAUAUUUUCUCCAGGUUUUUCUCCUACUUCAAGGGUGUAGAGGUAACGGACAACUGCCUGGUGAACGUGUACCCGAUCGGAGAGGACUACUACGCCGUCACCGAAACCAACUACAUCACUAAAGUCAACACGGAAAACCUGGAGACCCUCAAGAAGGUUGAUCUGUGUAACUAUGUGAACAUCAACGGAGUCACCGCCCAUCCUCAUAUCGAACGGGACGGCACGGUUUGGAACAUUGGAAACUGCAUGGGGAAAGGAGCCACGCUGGCCUACAACAUUGUGAAGAUGCCACCGACGCAGAAAGAUAAAUCUGACCCAAUCGAGAAGUCCAAGGUGUGGGUGCAGUUUCCCAGUCAUGAGCGAUUCAAGCCUUCCUACGUACACAGCUUCGGCAUGUCGGACAACUACUUUGUAUUUGUGGAGACUCCAGUCAAAAUCAACCUGCUGAAGUUCCUGAGCGCGUGGAGCAUCCGAGGCUCCAACUACAUGGACUGCUUUGAGUCCAACGAAAGCCAAGGAACGCUGUUCCACAUUGCCAGAAAGGAACCAGCAGAAUACAUCGACCUGAAGUUCAAAGGAGCUCCCAUCGGCAUGUUCCACCACAUCAACACCUACGAGGACCAGGGCUUUGUGGUGGUGGAUCUCUGUGCGUGGAAAGGCUUUGAGUUUGUUUACAACUACCUGUGGCUGGCCAACCUGCGAGCCAACUGGGAUGAGGUGAAGAAGGCGGCCAUGAUGGCGCCUCAGCCUGAAGUGCGUCGAUACGUGAUUCCUCUGGAUGUGAACAAGGAGGAACAAGGAAAGAACCUGGUGAGCCUGCCCUACACCACGGCCACCGCCACCAUGCACGCUGACGGCAUGAUCUGGUUGGAGCCUGAGGUGUUGUUCUCUGGACCACGUCAGGCGUUUGAGUUUCCUCAGAUCAACUACGAGAAGUUUUCAGGAAAGAACUACACAUUUGCUUAUGGCCUGGGCCUCAACCACUUUGUGCCAGACCGAAUCAUCAAGUUGAACGUGAAGACCAAGGAGACUUGGAUUUGGCAAGAGCCAGACUCUUACCCUUCAGAGCCCCUCUUUGUACAGACCCCUGAUGGAGUGGAUGAAGACGAUGGCAUCCUGCUGACCAUUGUGGUGGCCCCCGGUUCCCAGAGGCCUGGAUACUGCCUGAUCCUCAAUGCCAGGGACCUGUCUGAGAUCGCCCGGGCCGAGGUGGACUGCACGUUCCCCGUCACCUUCCACGGAAUGUACAAGCCCUAA